UUGAGCGCGUAAUAUUACAAACAGUUUUUAGCAGUCCUUCUAAGUGACUAGAAUUUCUCCUUUUCUUGCAUGGAUUAAUUCGUUCUUCAGUGGAAUGUCAAAAUGGCGGGUGAUAUGUAUUUGGAAAACUUGGAGGAGUUCCUUUUUGACGAAGACAAAGUGGUUACCUAUAGAUGGUUAAGUCAGACACUAUCAGUACAUGUCAACCAAGCUAAACAGAUGCUAGAAACAUUUGUUCAACAUCAAGAGAGUAAAGCAAAUUCUCAGUCCAUCAAUGUCACAUACCUUCUGAGUGGAAUACAGAAUGCCGACAAUGGAGUCAGUAUCAACAAAGUUUUGGUGGUUGCAGACAAGGAUUUGGAAAAGACUGAAGCAUCCAUGACAAGUGUCAUAAGUAAGCAUGUCUACAGUGUUCAGAAAGCAGCCUUAAAAGAUUCAAACAGUCUCUACAUGACUGAUUAUCAGAUCAUUAAGGACAACAUUAAACAGCCAAACAGAUUCAGUGCUAUCAAGUGCAUUGAGGCAAAGCCAAGAACAACUCAAGAACUUGUCGAACUUGAGGCUCAUUCAAGCUAUCCUGUUUCUGACACCAGCCCACAGCCAAAAAUGAAUGGCAGUGCAGAGAAGCAUGUUAUUGAGAAUCUGAAGCAGGAUUCCCAGAGAAGUGUAACUAACAAAGCGGGGAAGGGUCGGAUUACUUCUUUCGGUGGCUUUGCCUCUGGGAAUAAUAAAGUUUCAUCAGCAGAUACCAGUUGCGUGAUGAAAGAAGAGCAGAAACAGACGCAGCUCAGCAGUAAGGCCAAAGGUGGUAUGAUGGCAUUCUUGAACCGACCCUCUUCAGCCAAACCAAAGAAAGAGGACAGAUCAUCACCGCCAAGCAAACCAUCAACCAUACACAAAGCACGAGAAGUGACUAAGCCCGCGGAUACACAAGACAAAAUAAGAGGGAUGGAAAAAGACGUGAACACUGGAGGCAAGGUUAAGAGGAAGGCAGGCAAGAUAGAGGUGUCUGACUCAGACUCGGAGGAAGAAAGGCAGGCAAGAAAACGUAGACGGCGCAUCAUUGAACAAGACAGCAGCAGCAGCAGUGAAGAUGAAUUAAGUGAUAUGGAAGACAGUCCAAUCCCCCCUACCCCUCCCCCUGAUCCGGUUGAUAUGAACCCCUCAUCUGACAGUGAGAACAAAGAUAUUACAGACAGAUCCUCACAUGCACCUGGAACGAAGGAGCCAGCCACUACUUCCCCUGGAAGCGGGAAGAAAAGACGCAGGAAAAGAGUGCUGAAAAACAAGACCACCGUAGAUGCAGAUGGUUGCAUGGUCACAGAAAAGGUAUGGGAGAGUGACUGGACUGAUAUGAGUGAAGAUGAGGCUCCACCCUCAAAACAGAUGACGCCUGCUCCAUCUCAACCCAGUCCAAAAGAGGGCGGAGCUAAGAGAGGGGGAGAGGAGGAAGGGAAGCAGAAAAAGAUGUCUCCAGGGAGUGGAAAGGCAAAGCAGCGAUCACUGAUGAGUUUCUUUAAGAAGAAAUGAAAGGAGCUAAGAAAUCAAGAGAAACAAGAAAGAGUAACUGCUAACUUCCUGUGAUUAGUCAUGAGGCAUUUUGCCUUGAAUAGAAUUUAUAUACAAAUGAGAUCCCUCCUUAUUUUGCAUCUACAGUGGCUGUGCCAACGUAAAUUCUCUCUAUUUGUGAAGGAAAGCAAGGUGAUUGUUCACAACGGGCUUACAUCAGUAUCAAGGCCAGUGAAUUAACGCCUCAAGAAUACCCAUUUGGACAUCAGAAAAAUUCAUUUUGAAUUCCUUGGAAAUGAUAACUUAACACUGUUAUUACUGUAAAGUGUGAAUGGCAUUAAUAUGGCUGUUAUGACUAAGAUGCAGUAUUGUGGGAACUUAGUGUGUAAUCCCUCCCCCACCAAACAAAGAUCAUUUACCCAUGCAUAGCAACAGCAAAAGGGUCUCAAAAAUUGGAGUUUUAAGUAACACAACAGGAAUAUUAUUAUCACUUGAUGUUAAGUUGGAGAUCUAUCCUGUGCCUAUCACAGUCUGCAUGAUUAAUUUGCAUUAUUGUAAAGAACUCAGCAUUUUGAGAUUGAUUAUAGAGGGAUUUCACAUGAGCACCGUCUGCGCAUAUCCGCAUCGAAACUGAGGCUCUCUGUGUUGAACUUGGUCGUGUGCGCCGGCAGAGUUGACGCAGUACAUGCAGUAUGCGGAUCGUAAGUGUGAUACCACUUCACUUUAAACUACGCCCACUGCAUUUGCAGAUACACGACCAUCGCAGUAGGCCAACGUUAGUUCACGGUGAAUUGUCGUUAUUUUUCUUUUGAUUUUACCUGUCGAGUCAUCCUGAAAGACUCUUCCUCAAAAAUUUGCAGGCUGAAA